AAGUUACAGAUCGACAUGAUGUUGUUGGAGGAAAGAAAUAUGAUCAAGAGAAAUGGGAAGGAUAGAUGAAAAAGUAGCUCCUUUCAUGGAUGAGUGAGAAGCCAAUUUGUUCUUGACUCGGGAAGAAAGAGGAUGCUGAAAUGAUCGUACUGACCCUGACUACAGUUGUAGCUACAGAAGGUACCUUGGGACCAUAAUGCCUGACUUCAGCGUGAGCCAAUUUUUCUUUGCCUCGGUUUAUGUGGUAUGGGGAUGGUUGUACUUACAUGCAGUUUGCUGGCAUGUCAAGAUACCUUUUGCAUACUUUGGUCAGCCUGAAACGCUUCUACCCCGUGUCCGCCUCACAGUGGCCAACGCUGUGCUUGUGCUUGUGCUUGUGGUGUUAAGCCACCAAUUUAGCGGACUGGUUCACAUGCUUAUUCGUGAGAUGGCAUCGCUUUUCGUACAUUAGUUAAUUGUACAUGCCACAGCAGUUAUGAUACUUGGAGUCGGUGUUUAAGAAAAGCGGAGCUAGGCGGUGCCUAUGCACUAGGCUGGGCAGCACCGUUUCGCCUAGCAUCUAGGCGUUUUGUCUAGCGUGCCUUUCAAGGAUGCGACAAAACAUGGACGCGUCCCUACCUAGUAGUGGUGAUUUUUCCGACAGUUUCUUCCACCUGAAAGGGUUGGUUGCGAGUCUUUGUUUUCUUGUCAAUGGAUUGGUGUUUCAAGUUGAGGUAAGUUCUUCUUAAUUUAUAUAUCUCUGUGAUGAACUGGUGAAAUGCUUUAUCAUGUGCCUAUUAUGCAGAAGAUAAUCUUUGCUAUGUACAUAUUAGCAUCAACAAGAAAUAUACCUACGAUUCAUCCUAUGGUGCUGUUGUGCAUAAGCUUGAUUGGAAUCGAACCAGUGGAUUUGACAGAAAACAAGAAAGAUCACCAUUUGGUCAAAGCAACGUUAUUCGAUAAGGAUUCAGUACAAUUGUCUCCUGAGAAGGAUUGGAUGAUUCGGUGAUAUGAUUGCACAGCACAAUUUCCUCGUGGCUUGCAUUUCUUUUCAUGAGAGAAGAUGAUUGUUUCCUCUUUAGCUUGCUGGGUUGUUCUUGGCAACAAGAUAUUGGCAAUUCGGCGCGAGGAAACUGCAUAGUGAUUGGGCCAUGUUUGGUGGACACAAUCGAGGCCAAGGGAGACCACGCUGAUACACUUGCCUGAUCAAGCUGCUGGGACACUGUGAUGGCAAAGCCUACUUGCUAGUACUUGUUAGCACACGAACUCAGUUCAAGGGGAUUUUGAAGCUAGUCACGCACGUAACUCGUAACUCGCAGAUCAGACACACGACUAUAAUCUCUCGAAACCUUGGGCAAAUGAAGUGUUUCUUCUAAAGUUUCUGCAAAAUUGCCGCAUCCUUUUGUUGUCGUGAAAGCCAAAGAAAGAUGCUCGCACUGAAUUGCAGUUUCAGGAGCAUUCAUUGGUCGAUGGCCAGUAAUGAAUCCCCUCUCCAACUGCCCUACCGGCUCACCAGCAGCUGAGCCGACAAACCAUGCUCCAAUCCAGGCUACAUGCAGGGACACGCACAUACAUGGAAGACAUCAAACAGAGAAGCCACUGGACAACAGAUAAUGAGGGAGAAGCUAAGUGUCUUGUGACAAGACCAGUCAGAUUGUACAACCCAGCACAUCUCUCUCUCUCUCUCUCUCAAGUUCUUUUAUAUAUGCUGGAUAGCUGAGUGCAGAAACCAUAGUCAGGCUAGCUAGUUAACACCACAAGCGAAGAACUCCACUGAUGGCUUUCAGUAACACCAUGGACGGCUUCUGCAGCAGCAACAAUGAUGAGUUACACCACUCUUCAUCUUUCCCCUACUUGUUUCAGCCCAUCGUGGACCUGCAUCCUGCCUCCAGCGACUGUAACCUUGAGAUCAACAGCAGCAUCUCCAUGGCGCACCAGUCACCGUCAUCAAUGGCGGUGACAUGUCACGAUGAACCCUCAGGCGCAAACAACAGCGCCGUGGCCGCACAGGCAAGUGCCGCCGCCGCCGCCUGUGCUUCACUGAGGUCACCUCAGCAAGAGGAUAGGAGCAGGAGCAGGAAGCGUGUGCGGAACAGGGGCCCUGGAGGAGGAGCGAGUUCGAGUCUAGUGGACACGAAAAACGCAAGGCGCAGUGAUGAUCCGGAGGCCAUGGAUGCAGGAUACAUUCAUCUGAGGGCGAGGAGGGGCCAGGCCACAGACAGCCACAGCCUUGCAGAGAGGGUGAGAAGGGAGAAGAUCGGUGUGAGGAUGAGGAUGCUGCAGAGCCUAGUUCCUGGUUGUGACAGGGUUGCAGGAAAGGCUCUAAUGCUCGACGAGAUCAUAAACUAUAUACAAUCAUUGCAGAACCAAGUUGAGUUCCUCUCAAUGAAGCUUGCCACCAUGGACCCGGUGCUGUAUGACCAUCAGUUCGAGAUGGACGUUAGCUACCCGAACUUCACCGAGCUUCCAAGAACGGCGUCAGUGCCAGACGAGCAGCUGGUGCAGUGCUCGGGCCGAGCCGGCCGAGCAGCAGCCAGUGAUCCGCAGCUCGCUUCUUUCGAUGGCGCCACAAGCAUGCUGCACGCAGAUGCAUCCAGCGAUCUGCAGCAGCACACCUUUUUGCAGGAAGGCGGCAGCAGCAGCAGCAGCCGCGUGAUGAACGUGAUGCACUGAUCGAUGCCUCCUCUGAGUCAAGCUGCGUACGAUGUCAUGUGCACGUACGGGCUAGCUCCACCUUUGGUCAGAGUAGUAGAGGUCAAUCAGAAGAGUUAGCAGCUACCUGCCUAGCUUGAACUUCAUCAGAUUGGUUGGCUAGUCGAUAAAUAGCAGUUUCAGAUACUUAGUGCUGCAUGUCUGAAACUAAACAUUGCAAGCUACAGCGGCAGGUUUAGGCCUGCAUGCAUGCCCGUAUGCGUAGAUAGGAGGUGACGUAGGGAUCAGUGAGCAUUCACCAUUCAGCAUCGGAGGAGCAAGCUAGGACGUACGAGUCUAGCAGGCAGGCAGGCAGGUAGGUUAAUUACCAAGAGAUGGAUCUUAUAUUUGUUUGUUGGUUCAUCCGCAGCUGUGUGUCUGUCGACACAACUCCAAGGGGCUGGUGUCACUGUUCCUUUGUGAUGUAGUAGUAGCUAGUACUCCGUAUUUUGUCUGUUUGAUCGGUGUACAGUGGUCGUAUAGUACGUAGUUGCAUGGAUAUGAAAUCAUCUGUGUGGAGCAGUUCAGCUCAUGCAUCAGGAGUACUGCCUCUGUGCAAGCUGUGCAUGUGCGUGUGCGUGUGCACUGCUGCAUGCAUGCUUCCCGAGGUGUACUUGAUGCAGCGCCAGGUCAGGAUGAUAUGACUUGUCCUGUAUGGCCUGGACACAUCCUUCGCUGCCACCGUAC